GGGAAGGGCUUAACUAACUUGAUAUGAUAAAUGUGAAUACCCUGGGUGAGUUAAUGAUCAUUGUAGAUCUGUAAAAUGAGGGUAUAUAAGAUGGUGUCAGGCACUCGGAGUUGGAGACAAAAACUAUUGACUCCUAGACCGACUUGGCCAGGCUGAAAAGACUGAACAUGAAUCUUUUUCAGAGAAAAUUUGGAGGCGUGCCUCUAUUUGUAUUGUUGCUCGCAGUUUUGAUUUUCGCUUCGAUACCACAAAUUGAAAGCAUAACUAGUGAGGAAAAGACAGCCGUCGAAAAGGGACUUGAAACCGGAAAGGAGGUUCUUGACAUUAUCAAAAGCAAAGAAUUUACAAAGGCGUUGACUAAAAUUGCCGCAUCGAUUGGGCCAUUCCUGGGUGCCUUGGGACCUUUUGUUAGCAUAAUUAUGGCUUUCAUUCCUAUGGGAGAUUCCGCAGAGUUGGCAUUCAUGAAAGAGAUGAUGAAAAAAAUUGACAACCGAUUCAAUCAAAUGGAUUCCCGCUUUGAUGAAAUUGAACGACUGGUUGAUUGGACGAAGGUUGCAGUUAACUUCGGACAAAUAGAACAAAAGAUACUUGCAGUGGAUGCGGUGUAUGAACGCCUCUAUACCAGUGCUGCAAAUGCGUCUCAGAAGGGCAUGAUGUUCACGAUGAACUACGAAAGCGAUUAUCAAAAUAGUGGCUUAAAACUUUACCAUGCGAUAGUUAAUAGACAAGGCACAUUUCAGGAAAAUCUUGGUGAAUCAGUCAUGCGCUACACAAAAAACGACCGCAAAAAGACACAGGAAUUUCUUCUUGGCGUUAUGCGACUCCUAAUGCAGGCAGCGAAAUUAGAAAUUGCCUACCUUACAGUGUACAAAUAUGAAACCAUGGCAAAGGAAAGGGUCGAAAUAUGGGAAGAAAAUAUUCGAAUAGUGAAAUCUAAUUUUGAACAGAUUGAUUUGGCGGUCACUAAGAAGUAUCACGAUCAGUCUGAAGUCGAUAUAAAAAAGCUUACUGCCGACAAUUAUGGGAUCAGUAACGAACAAUUUAGUGAUAAACUGUACAGUAUGUUAAUCGAGAAGUACUAUUGGCGAAAUUGGUUUGUUGUCGUAUAUAAAGCCAUCACCGGUGGUGAUAAUCAUUACGUGAGAAUAUGUAAUGGCCAUAUGCUUUUUCGACAAGACGGACGAAACAUCGUUGUUUCAAGUAUGGACAAGAAUGAAUUGGGGAAAUAUGGUGGAGAGACGACAUUGAACGGCGCCCAAACAAGAUUAGAUGCUACGGAAGAUGGCAAUGACCCAUUAAUACUUGACAUUACGACCACAUUAGAGGUAGCCAAGCAUUAUUUUAACAUGAUCGAUAAAAUUGGUGCAUGCAGUGUCAUAUCUAUAAAGAAAAGCGCUGAUGUAUGGUACAAAGGUGAUUCGAACAAAAUAGCUUACCGCAAGUUUCAUGAUUAUUUACAUUUCAUCCUGUUUGAUAACUACAAAUAACCCAACCCCAACCCAAAACCCAAACCCAACCCUAUCUAUAUCGGAAUUAAUAUCCCAGGUCAUCAUAUCCCUGCAUAAGUUGGUUAUCGUACCAUUGUAAUUAGAUCAGACUUCUCUAUUUGUAUCAAUCGUUCGAAAUAUUACGUGACUCUACAUUAGUAGAACCUUCUUGAAAUCCAGAAACGAAAAUAGAAAUUACUUCAGCUACUUCUCUCAUCGGCUAAUAUACUCGUACACUCAAGAAUCACAGUCUUUGUUUAAUUGUACAAGUUUAUUCGGUAAUUUGGUUACAAUGAGACGAUUGGUGUGGCAAUUACAAUUUUUUCUGAAAAUUCUAUCGGGACUGCAACGCGAGAAAAAUGUGUAUAAAACAUGUUAUGCAUGUCGAAUGUGAUUGAAAAUACAAUUAACGUGAAACCGCUUUUCCAAAAAGAUUCUUUAUUCCGACAUAUUUUCUUUACAAAAGAUAUAUCUGCAAUGUUUUUAUACAACUCAUAGCAAGCGAUUAAUAAAAUCAAAGGGUGCCAACCAUUGUUUCUUUGUGAGUUUGGGUCAUAAUUUGGAGUAUUACUGUUUCUUUUCCUUACAACAGAUUAUGCUUUUUGGUGUACUCGAUUCUUUUUGCUAUGUUUUGUAAAACUAAUUAAACGGUCUUUCCAUUUUGGAAAUCAUUCUUCAGAAAUUUGCAAGGUCUAUGCAUUGUUUCAUUUUUAAUGUUCAAACCAUUUAUAUUAUACUACUCAAAAAAAGUUAAGGACCAGUGGUUUUCCUCAUAAGUUUACAUGUUAACCCACAUAUUUGUCUGACUAUUUUCAAAGCGGGGAACAAAAGAAAUCCCAAUAAAGCAAAUAAAUCUGUAUCUUGAUUCUAUCCCUUAUAAAGUCCGCAACGUUUCAA